UAGAUGCCAACUGCCGUUAAACCUCGUCGAAGAAGAACAAGAAGUUUAGCCUUUUCCGGGGUCGUGCUGAAUUUACCUCAUGGUUCAAUAGAACUGUGAAAACGUUUUUAUUUAUCCCGUUUGAACAACGAUUAAAUGGCAGAAACUGCUCAGGAAAAGAGCCGUGGACUGAAGUUUGCAGGGCAACAGCUACUGUGUCAUGGCUGGGAACAAGGUAAAGGUCUUGGUCGGCAGGAGAAUGGUAUAUGUGAGGCUAUCAUAGUGAAUGUGGCAAGGGAGGGAUGGGACAUUGUCAAGGGGAGCAGUUCACCUUCCAUUGGUGGGAUCAUGUCUUCAACAAAGCAUCUUCUAGCCUGGAAGUGGAAUCUGAAUGGUGUGCAGGUGAAGAAGUUGGUUGAGGAGGAAGGAAUGAUCUCCAACAAGCAGCCAACGAAAGCUGGGAAGAGAAACUGGUGGAGUGUCCGUGCUCUUUCCAUGACAGACUGA